AGUCAUUUUGGUCUCUCCACCAAUGCGAGGUGGUAGCUAAACUCGCCGCUAUCAAGACCUUUAAGAUCGAUCGAGAAGCCCUAAAUGGACCUAGUAUUACUCUUGCUGGCUGCAGUGCAGAAAUAAAGUGCCACCAUGGAUCCAAAGACCAAGUGUGUUUUAGUUCUAACUUUUCUCGCCGUCUAUUCUUCAUAUGAUUUGGUGUCAGCCUCCAGGGGUGAUGGAUCAGGAUUCCAGAAGCGUUGUCUUAGCUCUUGCUUUGCCUUGAACUGCUCCACACCUGAUCGAAUCGAAGUGUUUCAUUCAAAUCAACCUUUAUUCGAACAUUGGCUCCAAUGGUCCUGCCAGGAUGAGUGUCGAUAUACGUGCAUGUGGGAGACAGUUGAAGCCUUCCAUCGACUAGGCGAAAAAACGCCCCAAUUCCAUGGGAAAUGGCCUUUUAAACGAAUAUUCGGUGUGCAAGAGCCAGCCUCGGCCUUCUUUUCGGUUCUGAAUUUCCUGCCCCAUGCCAUCUUAUUGCGAAGGUUCCGCAGAAAAAUCAAUUCCUCCACAAGGAUGUAUCGAGUAUGGUGCUUGUAUGGGAUCGUUUCAAUGAACACGUGGCUUUGGUCGACUGUGUUCCAUACUCGAGACUUUGAUUGGACGGAGAAAAUGGAUUACUUUUGCGCAUUUUCGAUCGUCACUUACUCUUUGAUGGCCUUCAUUCUUCGAUUGUGUGGACCAAAUUGGAACUGGACAUCCAAUGCUGCUUGUGUCGCUUGUCUAGCUAUGUUCGUUAAUCACAUCUACCGAAUGGCUUUCGUUAAAUUUGAUUACGGUUACAACAUGACCUUGAACGUGGCUGUUGGGGCUGCAAACUCCUUGUGUUGGAUUGCAUGGAUCAUUUGGCAUUGGAACACAAAACCACAUGUGAAAAAUGCCCUCAUCUCUGUCUUACUACUUAACGGUACGAUCUUAUUGGAGUUAUUAGAUUUCCCUCCACUGCUUUGGUCUUUUGACUCCCAUUCCCUAUGGCACCUCUCAACCGCCCCAAUUCAUUGGUUUUGGUACAAAUUCAUAACUGCCGAUUGUCUUGAUCUUCAAGCCGAUCUUCAGGCCGAAAAUAAAAAGAAACUCGUUUGAUGAAACUUGUAAUUAAAACUUAAGUUCAUUCCUCCUGGUUUCCAUCCAUUCAUAUUUGCCUUACUUGGAUGGUUAUUAGGAUCGAAUCUUCUCGCUCAGGAGGCUUUUCACCAACUUUACUACAACCGCGGGUAGUUCGAGAACCUCAUCCAAGACCAAAUUGAAGACUUUCGCCUCAGCCUGUGUGAUGUCGCUCCAAUUGUUGCAUUUACCCAGCCAAACCAGCAUCUCGGUUAGAAGUACCUCGCAACGAUCUUCUUGUCGCCAUCCUUGGGUUACCAUGGCUUGAGCCAAUCCUUCUCGAAAUUUGACGACCACCAUCAACAAAUGCAACACGUGGGCUCUACUUUGACCGUCGCAAGGGAUCCGGCGUACUUGAAUCUCCAGGAUAUUUAACCCAGCCUCAAUGGUGCUACCUAAUUGGGCUUCAGGGAGAGCGAAUAGCUCUUCCCACAUGAAAUUAGGCAGACCCAACUGGUCUUGGGACCCCGGGAGAUCAGGAGAUGUUAUCGAUUCGUUGAACCGCGAUAUCCAUGGCCUCGCGUGUUUAAUAACGGCCUCGACGCGAUCUUUGGCCCGUCUCUCAGCCAAGUCAGUCUCCUCCAGUUGUCGCAGAAGUUCCGCCCGUUUUUGACGGCAAUUUCGGGCAGUCUCGUGGGCAUGACGUACCGGCGUUAGUUGGCUAAUUUCUUGGGACAAAAUUGUGCGGAUGUGUUUUUCCAAUGCAUUCGAGGUGACAGUAUCACUGUUGUUGUUUUCUGUGACCACUGAAGCAGAGGGGGACGCCAUGCUCGACGUUGAGGAAGAAUCGCCCAUUCUAAAACCAUUCGAUGGCGACUGUUCACUUAGUUUUUUGCUGCUGGCGAUGAGAUGUCACUGUUUCCAUUAUUCCUUUUUGGAUAAAUAAAGGGCUUCAGCGCACAGAG